GCCCCUGCCUUCCACCAUAACUCACUGAAGAGAGAGAAAGUAAGAGGAGGAGGAGAGGGAGAAUAUAAAAUCUUACUUAACUCACACAUAUUCUUACUCACUUUCUCUCUCUAUAUCUCUUAUAUUUCUCACUCUCUGUUAUAUAACGGAAAACCGUGUUUGGUUUGAAGGAAAAUAGCAACACGGUGUUUACAUUUAUAUACAUAUGUAUUGACAUUUCUACGUACUUAAUAGUCCCUUAAACCCUUUCUCUCUCUAGAACUAUCCAUUUCUCUUUCCUUCUUUCCUUUUCAAUACAAUGCAAUAACAACAUCAAUAUAUAAGUUCACAUCUCAAGACCAGAGCAAUUGUUUUCAAGAACCCAAAACCUCACCGUCUGAAUCAGACGGUCACAAUGCUUUUUCAUUUUCGUUCUCGCUUUCGAUCAAUCUCUGCCCUUCUUUUCCUCUACUGUGUAUGUUUAUGGCCGUUGAUGUGUCUUGGAAUUCGCACCUUCCCCAACUCCGGCGAGGGGGCGGAAUCGGUGUUUCGCAGACUGUCCCGGUUCGCCGAGGCGCCGGAGUACCGUAACGGCGUGGGCUGCCCCGUGUCGUCCAACACCGAAUCGGUGUCGUCGUGUGACCCGUCGCUGGUUCACGUCGCGAUGACUCUUGACUCCGAGUACCUCCGGGGGUCCGUGGCGGCGGUCCACUCCGUCCUCCGCCACGCGUCCUGCCCGGAGAACGUGUUCUUCCACUUCAUCGCCGCCGAGUUCGACGCGGUGAGUCCCCGAAUCCUGACCCGGCUCGUCCGAUCCACGUUCCCGUCGCUCAACUUCAAGGUCUACAUCUUCCGGGAAGACACCGUCAUCAACCUCAUCUCGUCGUCGAUCCGCCAAGCCCUGGAAAACCCGCUCAACUACGCCCGGAACUACCUCGGCGACAUUCUUGACCACUGUGUCAACCGAGUCAUCUACCUCGACUCGGACGUCAUCCUCGUCGACGACAUACACCGGCUCUGGAACAUCACGCUGACCGGGUCACGGGUCAUCGGAGCACCCGAGUACUGCAACGCCAACUUCACAAAGUACUUCACGGACUCGUUCUGGUCCGACCCGGUGCUCUGCCGGGUAUUCGGGUGGAGGAACCCGUGUUAUUUCAACACGGGCGUGAUGGUAAUGGAUCUGGGGAAAUGGAGGGAAGGGAAUUACCGGAGGAAAAUCGAGAACUGGAUGGAAUUGCAGAGGAAAAGGAGGAUCUAUGAAUUGGGUUCAUUGCCUCCGUUUUUGCUGGUGUUUGGUGGCAACAUCGAGGCCGUUGAUCACAGAUGGAAUCAACAUGGGCUUGGUGGGGACAAUGUGAAGGGGAGCUGUAGGUCUCUGCAUCCGGGUCCAGUGAGCUUGCUUCACUGGAGUGGGAAGGGGAAGCCUUGGGUUAGGCUUGAUCAGAAUAAACCGUGUCCGUUGGAUUAUCUCUGGGGACCGUAUGAUCUAUACAAGCACAAUCACCACAGUAGAUUCAAGCAGCAGCAUCAUCAUCAGCCGUUGGGUUUGUCGACUGAUUCGAAUAUGAUUGGGUAUUCCAAUUAUUUCAUUUGAUGAUUUUUUUUUUUUUAAUUAUUAUUUUUUAAUUUUUACAUGGUGAUUCAAGAUUCUUUGAUAGCUGUGUACAGAAUUUACAGAUUGAUUGGUGGGGGUUAAUUCUUUUUACCUGAA